AUGUCGACAAAGUACACGUCCGUGGACAUUGCUCUGCGCAGGAGCGGCAACCCUCUGCUGCAUCCACCUCCAGCUGGUCAGUGCCCCAUUGCGAGGCUGCCGGACGAACUCUGGCUCGAGGUGCUCCAGUAUCUCGAAUGGGAAGAAGUGCUCGCCAUCCGGCCCGUUUCGCGCCGGGUAGCAGCGCUCGCACUCUCACCGCCGCUCCACCGCUCCCUCACCCUCUUCCACCUCCCACUCAGCCCACUCCCACCCGUCCUCCGCGAGCGUGUGCUCCCCCUCGUCCGUCACCUCGCACUCCACUUUGCGCCCUCGCCGCCGGAAUGGCAUCGCCGGCCCGGCCGUGGACCCCACAGCGCCAACAGCGGUGCUCACCCGGGAACCGCUCUGCUGUCUCUACUCCAGGCGAUCCCGGCCGACCGUCUGCUAUCGCUGUCCAUUCCUUGCUCGUCAACGUUCAUGGCAUGGGACCAGCUCGCGCCCGAACUGAAGCGUAUCGGGGGUACACUGGAGCGGCUCAAUUUCCGUCGUGCAGGGUUGGGAGGGCACGCGUGGGCAGAGUGGAUGCGGUGUAUCGGUGUGAAUGGACGCGGACUGAGGGAACUCGACCUGGGAACCAACGCCAUUACGACGCUGCCAAGCGACAUGCCGUGGUCGCACCUGGAGCACUUGUCGCUGCAUUCCUGCUACUUGCUACCAAAGGACAAGCUCGCUAGCUUUUUGGCCGCGUUGCCACCGUCUUUACACACGCUCGACCUCACGGGCCUGCAGCAGCUGUCCCUCGAUGCGCUGUAUGCCAUGCGUGUGACAAUGGACGAGGAGCGCACGCCCCUGUCGACAGUGAAACUGGUCGGUAUCGACCACCUCACGCGCGCGGACGUGCGAGACUUGGAACGGCACUGGGAGGUACAGCGCAGAGGCUCAUCCGAGUCUUGUGCCCCGCCGUACCCGAUUCCCAGUACAUACACGUUCAGUUCACCAACCUCGGCAUACACGCCAAGCCUCGGGUCGUCGCUUGGAUCGUCGCUCCGGUCCACAUCGUCCUUGGGCUCGUCCCCAGGUAUGCCCCAGACUCCCGGCUCGCCUGACGCCGACACGGACACGCUGUACACCCCGCCUCCGUCUCCGCCACUCUCUCCCACGCCCGGAUCCUCCGAUACCACAUGGCGCUUCGCCGCCAUGGGCGCGGCUGUGGCCACGCCGUCCCCAAUCAAGCAACUGCGCCCGACGUUUGGCUUCAACACUCGCACGCCGCCAGCAGCCGCUAGUGCUGCUGCUGCUGCAGGGCCCGCUGUGUUUGGGGGACAGGUUGGCCUGGGACUUGACCUGCUCGCCCCACUCACCCCGCCCCCAGCGCCGGCAGCAGCAGCGGGUAAAGUCACGAUUGUGCAUUCCGCGUUGCUGGAGAGUGAUGACGAGGCAGGGUAUCGGCAGUUUAUUGGAGAGGUGGUGGAUGGGACGCUUGGGUGGGACUGGGGGCAGUUGUAG